AUGGCUGACCGACUUUAGAGAGGAUAAGGAGAGAGCGAGAGAGAAAAGAAAUAUUCUCUCUUGAGCUAGGUUUCACAUUAGAUGGGUAUUUUCUCCUAAGAUUCAAACAUGCAAGAAAGCAAGACUUCACUCUUCUGAUGUAAUCAAGUUAGAUUUGUUCAGGUUUCUGUAGUCUCGCAAAAUGAUGUCUGAUGAUGGGAUUUCUUCUUCCAUUGGAGGGUUCAUUCAAGAUCCUACUCUAAACCCCAAUCCUAACAGUUCUAAUUCAAACCAGGCCAAACGGAAAAGAAAUCUUCCGGGAACCCCAGAUCCAGAUGCAGAAGUUAUAGCACUGUCCCCAAAGUCUCUGAUGGCAACAAACAGAUUCAUAUGUGAAAUUUGCAACAAGGGUUUCCAAAGGGACCAGAAUUUGCAGUUACACAGAAGAGGUCAUAAUCUGCCAUGGAAGCUUAAACAAAGAAACAACAAAGAAGUAAUCAGAAAGAAGGUUUACAUAUGCCCUGAAAAAACCUGUGUCCAUCAUGACCCUUCAAGGGCACUUGGAGAUCUUACAGGAAUCAAGAAACAUUACAGCAGAAAGCAUGGAGAAAAAAAAUGGAAGUGUGAAAAAUGCUCCAAAAAAUACGCAGUUCAGUCUGAUUGGAAAGCUCAUAGUAAGAUUUGUGGGACGAGAGAAUAUAAAUGUGACUGUGGAACCCUUUUCUCCAGAAAGGAUAGCUUUAUCACACACAGAGCCUUUUGUGAUGCAUUAGCAGAAGAAAGUGCAAGAUUUACUUCAGUUCCUUCUGCAAAUGUGAGUUUCAGAAACGAAUUGCUUAGUAAUAUUCAAAGUGCUGGUAGCUCGCAGUUUUCUGGCGUGUUUAGGCCAGAACUUACUGGAUUAGAACAUGGAAACCAGCUGAAUCUGGAUUUGCAAAAACCGAGGCUGCCAGUUUGGCUAGAAAAUGCCAAUUCUCAUCUGAAUUCCGUUGGAAAUCCAACUGGUUCUAAUGCUUUCUUGGGUUCAAGUUCAACAAGCUUGCCUGAAUUGGUGCAAAUGGCUUCACAGAAUCAGUGGUUCGGUAGGGGCCAAGAGGUACCAUUUACAGGUGGGAAUUCUUCAUCUUCUGCAUUGAAUAGGGUACUGAAAGAGGAAGAAGAAAACAAAGGAAAUUUGACUGAAAACAUAAGUUCAUUGUAUUACAACAAUACCCAUAAUCAGCCAGAAACAAAUCUACCAGCUCCUAUGUCUGCUACUGCACUAUUGCAGAAAGCAGCCCAAAUGGGGUCAACUAGAAGCAGUUCUGCCAUUUUUGGUACUGGUUUUGGACUAAUGAGCUCAUCUUUUUCUAGUCUUGGCAACUUCAAUUCUUUUAACCAAAGCAGAAAUGAAGUUCAGAAUCUUGAAAAAGCUGAGAAUUUGAAUGGAUUAAUGGCUUCCUCGUGUGCUUCAACAAUGUCUACUAAUCGUGGAGGUGGAUUUUUCCGUGGUGACAUACCCACUACCCCAAUAAUGGGCAGUUCAAGAAAUUCAGACCCUGCAAUGAUGAUGCCAAAUAUUACUGGGAAUCAAAACCAAUCAACUGGAACUGAAGCUACAAACAGUCUCACUAGAGAUUUUCUGGGAGUAGAAGGCAGUGAACAUCGACAAUUCUUGCAACAGAAUGAGUUAUCAAAGUUCGCUUUAAUGGGUUCUGCAAUGGACUCAAGCCAUUACAGCAAAAAUCACUGAGCUCUCCAAAAAUGAUAACUAAACAAAUUUUACAGAGAAGAUGAGGUAAAUUCAGAAGGCGAAGCCUCCAUAUGCGGGACUGCACCUGGAAGAUCGAUAAGGGGAAGAGAUCUUGUGAACUGUCAGAAGGGGGUGGGUGGGGUGGGGUCCACUGCAGGUUUGAACGAGAGAUGACAAAAAUUUACUUGGCAAUCACAAGCUAGGCAUUCGUAUCACUGCAUAUAGAAAGUUGCCUUCUUUUUUUCACUAGGGUUUGAUGGACCACUUCACUGUUAAGCCUGUGAUUAUUAUGCAGUAUAUUUUUGCUCGUGGAAUUUUGAAUGAAAGUGAAAAAUUUACCUAUUAAUUUCAGCCACAAGGAGAAAAAGUAUGAGCAAUAAUGUUGUAGCUAGAUUUUUUGUUGUAUUCUCUUUUUAAGUUAAGAAAAGCAAGUCUUUUUUGCAC